AUGCCAUUCGGUCAAGUAGUUGUAGGUCCGCCUGGUUCUGGUAAAUCAACUUAUUGCUUUGGCAUGCAUCAAUUUCUCUCUGCUAUUGGUAGGCAAUGUAUAAUUGUGAAUUUGGACCCAGCGAACGACUUUAUGAGCUAUCCUUGCACAAUUGAUAUCCGAAAAGUGAUUGACAUUGAAACCAUUCAAAGCAAUUACGAUUUAGGACCGAAUGGUGCUCUGAUUUUUGCAAUGGAAACCAUAGAAUACCAUGUCGAUUGGCUAUGCGAAGAAUUGGAAUCACAUAAAGAUGCAUACGUUAUUAUCGACUGUCCUGGACAGGUCGAGCUAUUUACCGAUCAUGACUCCCUUCAAAAAAUUAUCUCUACCUUAUCAAAGCGUAUUGAUUUCCGUCCAGUAGUGGUUCAGCUCGUUGACUCGUUUUGUUGCACUGAUCCUGCUGCAUACAUUAGUGCUCUUUUGGUUUGCUUGAAGGGAAUGCUUCAAUUGGACUUGCCUCAUAUUAAUGUUCUAUCGAAAGCUGAUUUACUUUCGAGUUAUGCAGCGUUACCCAUGAACCUAGAUUUUUAUACCAAUGUGGAAGAUCUUUCUUACCUUACUCCCAUCCUUGACCGUGAUCCGCGGCUCCUACGCUAUAGUCAGCUAAACAAAACUAUUUGUGAAUUGAUUGAAGAGUUCGGACUUGUGUCUUUUGAGGUCCUUGCUGUUGAAAAUAAGGCUAGCAUGCUCCAUUUGCUUCAAAAAAUUGACCAAGCCGGGGGAUAUGCUUUUGGAUCAACCGAAGUCGGAGGUGAUAUAGUAUGGGCAAAUGCUGUCAGACAAGGAGGUGAUCCUUUGCAGGACGUCUCGCCUCAAGAACGCUGGAUAGAUCGAAAAGAAGAAUAUGAUAGAUACGAACGUGAGAUGGAAGAAAAAUAUUUGGAAGAAAAUCAAAAAGGAAAUGAAGAAGAAGAAUCCAUCUGA